CACCACCCUCAUUUUUCCUCUCCUCACUUAGCUUUUCUCCUCCCUGCUAGCUUAACUCCUUGCCGUGGAUAGCUAUGGCGGCGGCGAAGUCGAACCAACUCAGCACCCUUGUGCCCAACAUGUUCGCUGCGGGUUUGCUGGACGAUCAGUUCCGGCAGCUUGAGAUGCUCCAAGACGAGGGCAACCCGGACUUCGUUGCCAAGGUUGUCAUGCUAUUCUGCGAGGAGGGUGAGCGUAUCAUUGGCGAGCUCGCCAAGCAAUUGGACCAACCAUGUGUGGACUACGGCAAGGUGGACACAUUUGUGGAUCAGCUCUGGGGAAGCAGUUUAUAUGUUGGUGCUCGGAGAGUGAAGAACACUUGCAUUCAGUUCCAUGAGUGUUGUCAGGAGAAGAGCGGCAUUGGGUGCCUGAAGGCACUGGAUUCUGUGAGAAAUGAUUUCUAUGAUCUGUGCAGCAUGUUCAUACCAUAGGCUUCAGCUGCAGCAGCAUGUCCUAAACUGUAGGCCGGAGCAAUAAAGCUGGAGCUGCAUGUUCUGAUUGCACAUUGUGUUUGAAGUCGUAGAACAUGCUCAACUUAUCAUAUAUGGCCUGGAAUUGUUUGCUUCUGCGGGGUCUAUAGUUCUAUGAAGCGACAAGCUGCUCAUCUGGUGUCGAUUUCUGUGGUACUGUCCGUAGUUUCAUUCUGAAUUAUUGGUGGUGAAAUAACAAUCAUUCGCGAUCGUUUUGCAUUUCAGUGGUUAAUCUGGUGUCGUGGUUGUAGUCAGUUUCUAGCUCGUAUCAGUUCAGUGGCAGUGUAAUCUCGACAAAAUCAUGUGUCUGCGGUCGGCUUAUGGACUGUGGUGGUAUAUUGUGAAGAGCAUUGUAAUGUUAUUUCAUUAUCAAGUUAUGUUUGUGGUUGGGUGACAA